AUGGAUGCCAUUUUCAGACUGACCCGAAAACAAACUCAUUCUCAGCUAAAUGUGACCUUUGAUGACCGAGCUCCACCAGCAAUUGUUCCAGCUGGGGUGUUCUCACCCUUUAAUUCUCAGAAUACCCUUUUCCUGUAUGAUGCAUUAUGGGCACUACUGAUUCCAACUACAACAACGUUCCGAGUGUGUGACAUCUGGAGAGGUUACUGGGCUCAGAGACUCCUGUGGGAGAUGGGGGGAAACUUAGGAUUCUUCCCACCAAAUGCUUUCCAGAAGAGGAACUCCCACUCCUAUAUGAAAGAUGCUGUGGAUGAGAAGGACCUAUAUUUCCAGACAGAUCGCCUCGUUGAUUUCCUGUCCAAAUGGAGAUGUGGAGCAGAUAAGACAUUCUUUGCAUGUAUGGCUAAACUAUCAACUGACAUGGAGCAUGAGCAAUUUUGGCAGGAACGGGAUGGAUUUUGA